UCGAGUACCUGAUCCUCAGUACCAUCAUUGCCAACUGCAUCGUGCUGGCCCUUGAACAGCAUCUCCCAGCUAUGGACAAGACCCCAAUGUCUGAACGCCUGGACGACACAGAACCCUACUUUAUCGGGAUAUUCUGUUUCGAGGCUGGCAUUAAAAUCAUCGCCCUGGGCUUCGUCUUUCACAAAGACUCCUACUUACGCAACGGCUGGAAUGUAAUGGACUUUGUGGUCGUUCUGACAGGGAUCUUAACCACUCUGGGCUCACAAUUUGAUUUGAGGACACUGCGGGCCGUUCGAGUGCUGAGACCGCUCAAACUGGUGUCAGGAAUUCCAAGUCUUCAAGUAGUACUAAAGUCUAUAAUGAAGGCGAUGGUUCCUCUUCUUCAGAUUGGACUGUUGCUUUUCUUUGCUAUUGUCAUGUUUGCUAUCAUUGGUGUGGAGUUCUACAUGGGGAAGUUUCAUUUCACCUGCUUUAAACAGGACACAGGAGAGCAGGUUGGUGAUUAUCCAUGUGGUGCAGAGCCUCCCUCGAGACAGUGUAAAACUGGAGAAGAGUGCGAUGAGUAUUGGAAAGGACCAAAUUUUGGCAUCACAAACUUUGAUAACAUCCUCUUCGCCAUCCUCACAGUCUUCCAGUGCAUCACCAUGGAAGGAUGGACUGAUGUGCUAUACAAUACCAAUGAUGCCUCGGGGAACACCUGGAACUGGCUGUACUUCAUCCCUCUCAUCAUCAUCGGCUCCUUCUUCAUGCUUAACCUCGUCCUGGGUGUCUUAUCAGGGGAGUUUGCCAAAGAGAGAGAACGAGUGGAGAAAAGGCAGGAGUUCCUGAAGCUCCGCAGACAACAGCAGAUUGAGAGAGAGCUCACUGGAUACCUGGAGUGGAUCUGCAAAGCAGAGGAGGUGUUGCUGGCUGAGGAGGACCAGAAUGCUGAGGAGAAAUCUCCUCUGGAUGGUGCGUGGUAUAGGAGAAAACAGAACAAUCCAGUUUUAAAAAGAGCAAAGAGCAGAAAGGGUAGAAAUGACCUCAUAAGUGCUGAGGAAGGAGAUGAACCUUUCACAGACAUCUCUUCUGUUGCGCCUCCUGGAUCACCGUUUGCCAGAGCAAGCCUAAAGAGCAGUAAGAAUGACAGCUCAUCGUACUUCCGUCGGAAGGAGAAGAGGGUUCGCUUUUUCAUUCGACGGAUGGUGAAGGCACAAAGUUUUUAUUGGAUUGUCCUGUGUUUGGUGGGACUGAACACAUUGUGUGUGGCCAUAGUUCACUAUGACCAGCCUGAAUGGCUCACCAGGGCUUUGUACCUGGCAGAGUUUGUGUUCCUGGGUCUGUUUCUGACAGAAAUGACCCUGAAGAUGUACGGCCUGGGGCCUAGAAACUACUUUCACUCUUCAUUUAACUGUUUUGACUUUGGGGUGAUAGUGGGGAGUAUUUUUGAAGUGAUAUGGGCAGCGAUCCAGCCCGGCGCGUCUUUUGGCAUCAGUGUUCUGAGAGCCCUGCGUCUGCUCCGUAUAUUUAAAGUAACCAAAUACUGGAACUCUCUAAGGAAUCUUGUGGUUUCUCUGUUGAACUCAAUGAAGUCCAUUAUCAGCUUGCUCUUCCUCCUCUUCCUCUUCAUUGUGGUGUUUGCUCUGUUGGGAAUGCAGCUUUUUGGAGGCCAGUUUAAUUUUGAAGAUGAAACGCCCACAACUAACUUUGACAGCUUUCCUGCAGCCAUAAUGACAGUCUUCCAGAUUUUGACAGGAGAGGAUUGGAAUGCCGUGAUGUAUCACGGGAUUGAGUCUCAAGGAGGCGUCCGGAGUGGAAUGUUCUCCUCUGUCUACUUCAUCGUUCUAACACUUUUUGGAAACUACACACUUCUCAAUGUAUUCUUGGCUAUCGCUGUGGAUAACCUUGCCAAUGCACAAGAGCUGACAAAGGAUGAAGAGGAGCAGGAGGAAGCAGCGAAGAAGAGCAUUGCUCUUCAGAAGGCCAUGGAGGUGAAGGAGGUCAGUCCCAUGUCUGCGGCCAACAUCUCCAUAGCAGCUUUUGUAAAGCAAAAUCGAGAUGCAAUCUCUCGUAGAUCUUCAGUCUGCAGCGUUCAUUCACUUAAAGAACAGCAAAGGUCCCUUCAGAAGAUGUCCAUAUGGGAGCAGCGAACCAAUCAGCUGCGCAGACAAAACGUACUUAGCAGCAGCGAGGCCCUCUACAACGAAUUGGAGCCCGAAGAGCGUCUGCGCGUGUCUACGGCCCUGCACUUGCGACCUGACAUGAAGACUCACCACGAUCGCCCGCUAGUAGUGGACAAUCGAGAAGGCACCACAGAAAACCCUAAACCCCCGACCCCAGAGUUACAAACCUCCUCCGCCCACCAGAGGAAACACCACCGAUGUCGAGGAGAAAACGGAGAUACGGGAGAGGGGCGACACCACAGGCACCACAGCCGGAACCGAGACCACCAUGGGUGCCUGGAGCGCACGGCCAGUCAGGAUGGAGGACAUAGGUACUACCGUGCACCUGGAUCUCCAGAGGAGGGCAGGGAGGUGGAAGAGAGAGAAAAUAGACACCACCACGCGAGGCGGUCUAAUGGGAAUGGCAAUGGUACGGUUGGUAACGGGAGCAGGGGCGAGAGCAGGGUACGAGGUCACAGAGAGGGGGAAGUAAGUAAUGGAGACAGAAGGAGACAUCGACCACGCAUGAAAGCUCAGUCCACGCUAGAUGGAGAGGAAUUUAGGGAGAAAGGAGGAAGAGGACAAAGGGGUAGACCAACAGAAACAGGAGACAGCAGUUUAGCCACCAGCCCCAUGCAGUCUCCAACUGAAGAGAAGCCAGAAGACAAAGAUAAUCUAAAAAACAGCACCAGAGCCUGUCUAACCGGAGUCAACAUUCCUGUUACUAUAACUGCUCCACCAGGAGAGACCACCAUCAUUCCCAUGAACAACAUUGAUGGUGACAGCCAACUUCUGAAUGAAGAAAAGAAAGAUCUUGAGGAGCUAGAUCAAAACGCUCCUAAACACAUCCUGCCGUACAGCUCCAUGUUUGUGUUUGGUCCAUCAAACCCUGUUCGACGGCUGUGUCAUUAUGUGGUGAACUUGCGAUACUUUGAGAUGUGUAUUCUCACAGUCAUCACCAUGAGCAGCAUCGCACUUGCAGCUGAAGACCCUGUGCAGGCCAAUGCCCCCCGCAACAAUGUGCUGAAAUAUUUGGACUAUGUCUUCACUGGUGUGUUUACUUUUGAAAUGGUUAUAAAGAUGAUCGAUCUUGGACUGCUGUUGCACCCUGGCUCUUACUUCAGGGAUCUGUGGAACAUACUGGACUUCAUUGUAGUCAGCGGCGCCCUGGUGGCUUUCGCCUGCUCAGGGACCAAAGGCAAGGAUAUUAACACCAUAAAGUCGCUGAGGGUCCUUCGAGUGCUGAGGCCCCUGAAGACCAUCAAACGGUUGCCCAAACUCAAGGCCGUGUUUGACUGCGUGGUGAACUCUUUGAAGAAUGUGCUGAACAUCCUCAUCGUUUACAUCCUUUUCAUGUUCAUCUUUGCCGUCAUCGCCGUACAGCUUUUCAAGGGAAAGUUCUUUCACUGCACCGAUGAGUCCAAAACCCUGGAGAAAGACUGCAGGGGGCAGUUCCUGGAGUAUGGUAGCAAUGGAGUGGCCAUAACACAGCCGCGGGAAUGGAAGAAGUAUGAUUUUCAUUAUGACAACGUCCUUUGGGCCUUUCUGACCCUGUUCACCGUCUCCACAGGAGAGGGUUGGCCAACAGUGCUGAAACACUCAGUGGAUGCAACAUAUGAGGACCAGGGUCCCAGUCCGGGUUUCCGCAUGGAAACCUCCAUCUUCUAUGUGGUCUACUUUAUCGUCUUCCCCUUCUUCUUUGUCAACAUCUUCGUGGCCUUGAUCAUUAUCACGUUUCAGGAGCAAGGAGAUAAAGCCAUGUCAGAAUGCAGCUUGGAGAAGAACGAGCGAGCUUGUAUCGACUUCGCCAUCAACGCCAAGCCCCUGACCCGGUACAUGCCUGCGGACAAGCAAUCUUUCCAAUACAAGAUGUGGAAGUUUGUAGUGUCCACCCCUUUCGAAUACUCCAUCCUGACCAUGAUUGCAGUCAACACGGUGGUCCUCAUGAUGAAGUUCUAUAAAGCUCCUGACCCAUAUGAGGACAUGUUAAAGUGGCUGAACAUCAUCUUCACUGCGCUCUUUACACUGGAGUGCAUCCUCAAAGUCAUCGCCUUCGGUCCUCUGAACUACUUGAAGGAGGCAUGGAACAUUUUUGACUUUGUAACUGUGUUGGGAAGCAUCACAGACAUCUUAGUCACAGAGAUCAAGGACAAGCUGAUUAAUCUGAGUUUCCUAAAACUCUUCCGGGCUGCCCGUCUCAUUAAACUCCUCCGGCAGGGAUACACCAUUCGCAUCCUGCUGUGGACCUUUGUUCAGUCUUUUAAGGCUCUACCGUAUGUGUGUCUUCUCAUUGCCAUGCUCUUCUUCAUCUAUGCCAUCAUCGGGAUGCAGGUGUUCGGUAACAUCCAACUGACUGAUGAUUCCGCCAUCAAUCAUCACAACAACUUUCGCACCUUUUUUCAGGCCCUGAUGCUGUUGUUCAGGAGUGCUACAGGUGAAGGCUGGCAUGAGAUCAUGUUGGCAUGUCUAAGCGACAGACCGUGUGACCCGCUCUCUGGCUCCCAUGGAAAAGAGUGUGGCAGUGAUUUUGCAUAUUUCUACUUUGUCUCCUUCAUCUUCCUCUGUUCCUUCUUGAUGCUGAACUUGUUUGUCGCCGUCAUUAUGGAUAACUUCGAGUACCUGACACGUGACGCUUCUAUUCUCGGGCCUCAUCACUUGGACGAGUACAUCCGCGUCUGGGGGGAGUACGACCCCGCCGCCUGUGGACGCAUGUCUUACCUCGAUAUGUACGAGAUGCUUCGGCACAUGUCCCCUCCUCUGGGUUUGGGAAAGAAAUGUCCUCCGCGAAUCGCCUACAAGCGGUUGGUGAAGAUGAACAUGCCUAUAGCUGAAGACAACACUGUUCACUUUACAUCCACUCUAAUGGGUCUCAUCCGGACCGCCCUGGAGAUUAAGCUGGCAUCAGGCGUUUUGGCACAGCACCUGCGUGACGCUGAAUUGAGGAAAGAAAUAAACAAAAUUUGGCCUAACUUAUCCUCAAAAACAGUGGAUUUACUGGUGACACCUCAUAAAUAUAAUGAGUUGACAGUUGGGAAGGUCUAUGCUGCCCUGAUGAUUUUUGACUACUAUAAGCAGAACCGAGCCAAGAGACUUCAACAGCAGCAGGCGGCUCCAGGCAUACAGAGUAAAGUUGGAGUCCUCUUCAAACCAAUGCUUUCUCAUACGCAAAUGCAUGAACAGGAACCCCUGGUCUCAAAAGACCCGCCUCCCUGUCAAUCAGAUUCCACGCCACAGCUCCCACCCACAACAUUUCACCUGACCAAUGGGGAUACAGUACAAAGCCAGAGCAGUGCCAUGAAAAAGUCUCCCUCGGGGGACGUCGCUCAGGAAGUCAUACAGGAAACGAACAGGUCGCGUGGCCAAUCAGACGACGGGACAGACACUUCCAGAUCUCAGGAAUUAUUAGAAAUGACAUAUAUGGAAAAUGACUCUGAUGUGGGUGGUUACCCUGUGCUGGAGGGUCAUGGCAGAGCCGCUUCCAUGCCUAGACUUAACACUGGCAUUCAGCGGAGCCACAUACGCCACACCGCCGGACCGUACCUAGCACCGAUAGCAGACAUGAGUCCCAUACGGAGGUCUACGUCCUCGUUGACUCCUCACAGAGGGGUACAGGAGGUCCAGCUGAGCGAAUACGAUCUGGAGAGGCCUAAAGUGGGCCAGACUGCAGCUCAGGAAAGAGCCCAUCAUCACCAUCACCACCAUCAUCAUCGCUGUCAGCGACGCAGAGACAAGAAGCACAAAUCACUGGAUCGAGCCAUUAGUGAGGAGCAGCCGUGCACUACGGAUCCAAACGGCGAAUCGUUGCCUAGGGAACGAGCACGGGAGCGAGAUCGUGGGCGCUCUCACGAGAGGAAGCACCAUUCAUCCUCAGCAGCGGAGAGGAAACAGCGAUACUACUCUUGCGAUCGCUAUGGCAACCAUGAACACAGCCUGUCAGCCGGACCCAGCAGGUCUACAUCACCGGGAGAAACACAUGACCCGAACAUGCUAAAACAGGGAAGUACCACAGCUAAGGGAAGUUCAAUCGUUCAUACCUCAGGCACCAGCACACCCUGCCGAGGGCGUAGACAGCUCCCCCAGACACCCCUCACCCCGCGGCCCGCUGUUGCCUACAAGACUGCCAACUCCUCCCCGAUCCAGCUCAACACUGCCCAGUCCACAGGGGCCUGCCCCGCUCGCCUUAGUCGUGGCCUGUCGGAACACGACGCCCUACUCAGCGGCAACGCCCACCGCCAAUCCCCCGUGCCUGUCACUCGUAUCGGCUCCGACCCCAAUUUAGGUCUCUUUCAGCAAGACUCUGAAGCUGAAGACUUUCAGGAUGCCUUGAGCACGUACGGCACGGGCCGUUCCCCCAGGACCCACAUGUCCUCAGGCUCGGCCCCCACGUCCAUGCUGCUCUCGCGCAGCCAAAGUGGCGUGCCCAACGGGUAUCACUACUCUCUUGGAGUGAACGCAGCCCCUGGGUUCAGCGGAAGAGCUUCUGGAAGCUACCAGGAGAAAGAUAAAGAUGACUGGUGUUAGCAUGAUCAAAUCUAGCAUGAGUUUUAUCUUCUUGAAACAGCGGUGAGCUGGAAAAACGAGUUUCGUCAACAGUUUACACAAUUUUCCCAUUGAGCGUAAAUGGUUUUGGAAAGGUGCUUUCCUCUUGUUUUAGAAAGAAACAGGUUUUACUUUUUAACUGAAAGGAUACGCAAGCUGGAAGGCUUCAUUAAUUAAUACGGAAUUCUUGAUGCGCUGUAAGCAUGAAUCGUUCAGCUUUAAGUGGCUCCUCCCACCUCUUUAAUUUCAUUAGGGCCGAUUACCCAAGGGGGCCGAAUGCAGGGAGACGAUCACAGUCAUCAGCUGUGCAUGUGAUCAAACCUUAAACCUUAGUGAAAGAGAUCCAGAAAAGUGAAAAAAUACAGGCCUGCUAAUGCAGAAUCGUAAAAUCGUAUAUAUUUAGUUCAGCUUGUUUAGAUUCUUUGCACAGGACACAAUGACUGAAAAGUUAUUUUUUAGGAAUAUAAAGGUGUGCUGCUGAAUUUUUCUCUGGUUCUAGUGGAAUACACUUGCAGUUUUCUCCCACUAAAAUAUCUGGGCUCAGUUUUCUAUCAGACUGCAGCAGAAUAAAUAUCUUUUCUCAGCGUUUCAUUUUGUACCUUAUAAAUGUAAAUGAUCCGAGUGUAGCUGGACAUUACGUAAGGUCUAAUCUUUAUCUUACUCUUGAGAGUUAAGAUACCAAGUGCCUAAACUUUGAGAUUUAUUGCCACAUCAGUGUGAUGCAUUAUGAAGCAUUACGGGGCAAUGAACAGACGCUGUAGGUUAAUGUGAUUGAUAUUUGUGUAUUAUUGUACUUCAGCAUGUAUUUGAUGAAAGAGAUUUUGGGUUGCACAAAACAGAGACCGUAGUGUUAAAACAAUUUUGGUGGAUUGUUGGUCUUUUGAGAAUAUUGAGUAUUAUUAAUACGAUGCAAGAGAAAUGAGAAAUAAUGAUAUAUCGAUGAGGUCUGAAUGGAUGUUGGUUAAUGUCAGUGUUGUUUUCUGUUGUGAGAGAAGAGGUCAUGUCUGUUUCUCACCCAUUAUAUGGUUUAUGAGUGAGAGAGUAAGAAGUAUUAAAGAGCUUUUUUGACUUUUUAAGGAGAAGUUUAUAGUGGUCUCUGCACAAUGUUUAAAUUUCCACAAAAGUAUUAAAUUAAAGUGGGCCUUUUUAAUAAAGAGUGUGUUGCAAUCUCCCAAUAUUGUAAGGUUUUAAAUGAAAGCCAUUUAAAUGAAAGUUCUGCCCACAUUUACAUAGUUUUCGUUACUUUGUGAGUCGGGCUGUGUCUGCAAUUGACCCGUUGCCAAACACUGCCUUAAAGUGUUACUGACCAAUCCUACCUUAGCAACUGUUGUCAUAAUAUUUGCAUUUGCAAGUCCUGUGCUUGUUUAAAUGAAAAUGUAUAGAAAUUAUCCAAAAAUAUGUUUAAAGACAGGAUACAUGUGUUAUUUUCCAAAUCUUAAAAUAAAUCUUGAUAAAUACUGCGGAUGUUGAUGAUGUGCUAAUCUUCAGUCCAAAAUGAACUUGAACUUGAUCAGUACAGACACCUACUCCAGAGUAAUCUCAUCUGUUAAUGUUUUAAUCUUAAUAAAGGGUCAUUUAUCUGUACGUGCAGGAAAAUGUUUACUGUUGACGUACAGUAGGGCUAUGCAACAAAAUGACACUUUAAUAAGCUCCUCAUUCUGUAGCUUACCUGCACUUCACAAACUCACAAACUUCAGCACCAGUGGGACCAAUUCUGCACUUCACAGAGAUCUACAGAUGUGUAGCUCACUAAACCAAAACGCACCAGGGUCAAAUGACUUAUCAGAUGUUAACGGCGGAUGCGUUUCUUAUUUGCGCACUCCACAUCCCCUUAAAAAUAUACAAAGUAAUGUAGUAGUAUUAGUACUGGUUGCACUAGAAAGUAAAUGUUAUUCUUAAUGUACGCACCCUGUUGCAAAAAAAUGGAUGGUUAAUGUGAAGGCAUUCAGUUUAUUUACAGUACGUGAUGUCAGUGAACUGCCUCCAGCCACCGUUUCAUGUUUAGCUAUGGAGAUGAGUGAUGUGCACGGUGCACCCUAUAGAUCUUUGACUGUCCUUUAUUUAGACAUCUCCCUUCCUCUUGAAAAAAGAGAAAAAGAGUUUAUUACAGGUGCCAAAUUUAUUUCAGCACUAGUUUGUCUCAUGCUGUGCUAUGUUCAAAUGAUCUGUGGCUAAUCUCCUUGGAUGAUGUCAUGUUUGCAUGUUAUGAUGACAUACAGUAUGUGCAUGUAGGAAAUUGUACACCUUCGUCCAUGUUUUUCUAUGAAGGAUUAAUUGGCUUUUUUAUUUAAACAAUCUUUGAUACGCUUACCUCCAGAUUUUCGGGACAGAUUUGGAAGACCCUCUCUUCUCAAAUUGUUGCUAAAAGAAUUGUUGGACACAAAGGAGCGAUGCACUGGGACUGACUGCCUAACUCCUGAUCCUAUGAUGCCAUAUUUCUGCUCAUUGAUUUAGUUUUAUUUUUACCAUAACAUUUUGUAUGAAAAGCAUUACUGAAUUGAGAGACGUGAAAAUAAAACUUGGAAAAAACAA